AUGAUUGCCGGAAACAUUAUCUCGCAACGUGAUUAUUUGCGGCUCGGAGUGAAUGAUCACGAAUACCCGGGUGUGAAUGAUGAUAAUCGGGUGUCGAGUGAACAAUAUGCGAUACUCCAUGAGGAAUGGUCAGCCGGUGUGAAUAAGUCGUAUAGGGUCUGGGUGAAAGAGAACGGAGACCUGAUGAAAACUUACCAUUUGGCUAUUCCAGGCGAGUCGACAGAGAUGUUCCCGAGAGACAAUGAGCAAGCGCUGUCCGUAUUGAAGAGCAUGGCGCUCCCAGUGACCCGCGGUGUGAUUAUGUAUUCUAUCUUUGAUGUGAGCAAAAUAUUCAGCCCCAGACGUUUAUGCGGUUCGCCGCAGGCGGAAACGACUGUAACAACAACCGUGGAUGCAGUCACUUUUCAUGAAUGGUCCUUGACUCUCUUGCCUGACAGAUCAGUUCACUUCUUUGUCGAUGAGCAAGGAUUUUUUAAUCUUUCGGGGCGCUUCUUGCCUCUCGAUGAUCACCCCCAGCCCAUCUUGUACUACGAUGCGCAUUCAGCUGGCGAGGUGCAUGAUUCUUCCAUCGGAGAAAGACUUCUCGAAUGGCAACCACCUCCAGACCAAGGUUUUAUUGCGUCAUACGGAUUACAGCCACCUGGUGCGAUUCUGACUCAGUUGUUAUGUAACAGGACAGUGGAUAUCGUACUUUUGAGAUUGAGUACAUAUUCAACUGGGCUAUGGUUCGUGGGGGUAGAAGAAGCCAAUUGUUCAAUGAAAUGGUCAUCGAAGUCUCGGGGCGGUUCUGUGGGUUCAGUGAGUCAACUCACAAAUGGUGCAUCAUGGAUCCGUGACCUGUGGCGAUACCUUUCGCCUCAGAGGCAGAACAGAAUCCGUUUGAAGCCAGCGCCGGAUGCUGCUUCAGCUGAUGACGUGGAAACACUGGAAGGCGAUGAGCAAUCGGAAGAAGAACCGCUAGACACGACAUGCAAACGUCCGCUCGCUAAAUUGCCAGGAGGCAAUGACGCCGGCUUCGCUGGGUGUUGGAUAAUUCUGGUCAUGCGCAAUCCAAGAAUAAGCGGUCAGGCUGUUAAAACGGGAAACACAUCCGAAGUACCUAGGAAAACGCAUCCGAGGAUGGGUAGAAGGCAAGGCUUCCUCAGCGACUGA